UCGAAUAUGCAGUAUUAUUGACUAUCAUUGCCAAUUGUAUAGUCCUGGCCUUGGAGGAGCACUUGCCCGAAGAUGAUAAGACGCCACUAGCACAGAAAUUAGAACUUACAGAAACAUACUUCUUAGCGAUAUUUUGUGUAGAAUCUUCAGUAAAGAUAUUAGCGUUAGGCUUUGUACUACAUAAGGGGUCGUACCUGCGUAACAUCUGGAAUAUCAUGGAUUUCAUCGUAGUAGUAACCGGGUUCAUUACUUUUUUGGUAGCCGAGGAUAUAGAUGUAGAUCUAAGAACGUUACGGGCUAUACGUGUUUUACGACCACUCAAGUUGGUGUCUGGAAUUCCCAGUCUACAGGUGGUUCUCAAGUCCAUAAUCAAAGCGAUGGCCCCUCUGCUACAAAUCGGCCUCUUGGUGCUUUUCGCCAUCGUGAUUUUUGCCAUCAUUGGCCUUGAUUUCUACAGUGGUGCUCUACAUAAAACAUGUUACCUGCUCAGUGACUCAGAUGAGAUUUACAAAGAAGGUGAAACUGAAACUCCAUGUUACAACAACAGAUCUGACAGCGAGACUACAACGGAGGCCCCUUAUGGUGCCUACACCUGUCCUGCGGAUAAAGCCGUCUGCGUGGAGGGUUGGCCAGGUCCAAACUACGGUAUCACUAGCUUCGAUAACAUUCUUUUUGCCAUGUUAACCGUCUUUCAAUGUAUCACAAUGGAAGGAUGGACUGCCAUGUUGUACUGGACGAAUGAUGCAACGGGGAGCUAUUUCAAUUGGAUUUAUUUUGUCCCUCUCAUCAUCAUUGGAUCCUUUUUCAUGCUCAAUUUAGUGCUCGGCGUGCUUAGUGGAGAAUUCGCAAAAGAGCGAGAACGUGUAGAAAAUAGACAAGAAUUUCUUAAACUCAGAAGACAACAACAAUUAGAAAGAGAGCUUAAUGGAUAUGUAGAGUGGAUAUGCAAAGCAGAGGAAGUAAUUUUGAAUGAAGAACGAACAACAGAAGAAGAAAAAUUGCACAUAAUAGAAGCCAGGAGAAAAGCUGCAGCUAAACGAAGGAAAUUAAAUAAUAUGCAUAGUAGGAGUACUGAAGAAGAGGAGGAUUUGGAUGAUGAAGACCGCACAGCACCAACAAUUGCAAAGUUUAAGCUGAAAGGCAUUGCAAGGUCUUCCUAUUUGAAAACUCCCAUCAAGGAAAAAGGAAAAUGUAAAAAGUUUUGGAGAGCAGAGAAGAGACUUAGGUUUACAAUUCGUCAUAUUUCUAAAUCACAAGCAUUUUAUUGGGUUGUUAUUGUCCUUGUCUUUUUAAAUACUGCAUGUGUAGCUGUAGAGCAUCAUCAGCAACCAGGGUGGCUGGAUGAAUUUUUAUACUAUGCAGAAUAUGUGUUUUUGGGGCUUUUCAUUUCUGAGAUGCUUUUGAAAGUUUAUGCCCUUGGACCACGCAUUUAUUUUGAAUCUGCCUUUAAUCGUUUUGACUGUGUUGUUAUUUGUGGUAGUUUAUUUGAAGUUGUAUGGUCUAGUUUACGAGAUGGAUCAUUUGGUCUCUCUGUAUUAAGAGCAUUGAGACUGCUCAGGAUUUUUAAAGUUACAAAGUAUUGGUCAUCUCUUCGAAACUUAGUUAUAUCAUUGCUCAACAGUAUGCGUUCCAUUAUCAGUCUGUUGUUUCUGCUCUUCCUUUUUAUACUUAUCUUUGCUCUUCUUGGUAUGCAACUAUUUGGAGGAGCCUUCAAUUUUCCUGAGGGCACACCUCCAGCAAAUUUUAACACAUUUCCUAUUGCCUUGCUUACAGUAUUCCAGAUUCUUACAGGAGAGGAUUGGAAUGAUGUUAUGUACAAAGGAAUCGAAUCUCAAGGUGGCAUAAAAGAGGGUGGCAUGAUAUAUAGCUUGUAUUUUAUUAUUUUAGUGCUUUUUGGUAAUUAUACCCUUCUGAAUGUGUUCUUAGCCAUCGCUGUAGAUAACUUAGCAAAUGCUCAGGAGCUUACUGCUGCAGAAGCAGAAGAAGCUGAGGAAGACAAAGAACGUGCGAAGGAAGAACUAGACAAAGAACUGAAAGAUCUGCAAAUGUCAAAUGAUCCUCCUCAGGUUAAUAUUUGCCCACCUUCACCUAUGAACAAUGCAGAAAAAUCAAAAAAUUUUAACUUAGAUAAAGAGAAUGGUGAGAAAGAUAAAUCUGAGGGGGAAAGCAAGAAGGAAAAUCAGGACUUUGACAAUGAUGAAGAGAAAGAAGAAACUAAAGGCCCCAAGCCAAUUUUGCCCUAUUCUUCCAUGUUCAUCCUUUCAUCCACAAAUCCGAUCCGUGUUUUAGCUCAUUAUAUUGUAAAUCUUCGUUACUUUGAUUUUUUCAUCAUGGGCAUCAUCACCCUCAGUAGUAUAGCAUUAGCAGCAGAAGAUCCAGUUGAUGAACUUUCUCCUAGUAAUACAAUAUUGAAUUACUUUGAUUAUGCCUUCACUGGAUUUUUUACUAUAGAAAUGAUUUUAAAGAUUGUGGAUCAAGGUGUCAUUCUUCACCCGGGUUCCUAUUGUCGGGAUCUGUGGAACAUCCUUGAUGCGAUAGUUGUCAUAUGUGCUAUAGUAGCCUUUGUCUUUGAUGGCACAAGUACUGGUCAGAAUCUUAGCACCAUUAAAUCCCUGAGAGUUCUUAGAGUUCUUAGGCCGCUCAAGACCAUCAAGAGAGUACCUAAACUAAAGGCUGUGUUUGAUUGUGUUGUAACGUCCCUGAAAAAUGUUUUCAACAUCCUCAUCGUUUAUAUUUUAUUUCAAUUCAUCUUUGCUGUGAUAGCUGUUCAGCUCUUUAAUGGGAAAUUUUUUUUCUGCAAUGAUCAGUCAAAGCUCACAGAAAUAACAUGCCAAGGGGAAUAUUUCAAGUUCAGUGGGAGUGACAAACCCCCUAAUGUUGAAGUUAGAGAAUGGAAGAGAAGAGAUUUCCAUUAUGACAAUGUAGCAGCUGCUAUGUUGACAUUAUUUACAGUUCAAACAGGAGAAGGCUGGCCUUCUGUAUUACAACAUUCAAUGGACUCGACCUAUAAAGAUGAAGGACCUCUUCCUAGGUUUCGUGUUGAAAUGGCUAUAUUUUAUAUUGUCUUCUUCAUAGUGUUUCCUUUUUUCUUUGUUAACAUCUUUGUGGCCUUAAUUAUCAUCACCUUCCAAGAACAAGGCGAAAAGGAAUUGGAAGAAGGUGACUUAGACAAGAAUCAGAAAUCUUGUAUUGAUUUUGCCAUUCACGCAAAACCUUUGGAGAGAUAUAUGCCGCCAAACAAACAAGGAUUCAAGUAUCGUGUAUGGAGAAUGGUAGUCUCAACUCCUUUUGAAUAUUUCAUCAUGUUCCUCAUUGUUUGCAAUACUGUUUUGCUUAUGAUGAAGCAUGAUGGUCAAAGUGAUGCCUUUAAGAAUACCUUGAAGUAUAUGAAUAUGACCUUCACUUCACUAUUCUCACUUGAAUGUUUGCUCAAGAUCGUGGCAUAUGGAGCCCGGAAUUUCUUUAGAGACCCGUGGAAUACUUUUGACUUCAUCACUGUUGUCGGAAGCGUAAUUGAUGUCCUGGUUGUGGAACUAGGGAUCAGCUUCUUCAAUGUCGGGUUUCUGAGAUUGUUCCGUGCUGCUCGUUUAAUAAAGCUGCUGCGACAAGGAUAUGCCAUCAGAAUUUUACUUUGGACAUUUAUACAAUCUUUUAAGGCUCUUCCAUAUGUCUGUUUGCUUAUUGCAAUGUUGUUCUUCAUCUAUGCAAUUAUUGGGAUGCAAGUUUUUGGAAAUAUCAAGUUUGAUCCAGAUACAGAAAUGAAUCGCCACAACAACUUCCAUAGCUUCAUACAGUCUCUCAUGCUCUUAUUUAGGUGUGCUACUGGUGAAGCAUGGCAGGCGAUUAUGCUUUCUUGUAUUAAAGGAGUAGCUUGUGAUGAACGUGCAAGGAAAAAUACUCAAUGUGAGUGUGGAAGCAAUUUAGCAUAUGCAUACUUUGUGAGCUUCAUAUUUUUCUGUUCAUUUUUGAUGCUAAAUCUUUUUGUUGCGGUUAUUAUGGACAAUUUUGAUUACCUAACUCGGGAUUCUUCAAUUCUGGGAGCUCAUCAUUUAGAUGAAUUCAUUAGAAUGUGGGCAGAGUAUGAUCCUAGUGCAACAGGUCAGAUUCACUAUACAGAAAUGUAUGAUAUGUUGCGCAACAUGGAUCCACCACUAGGAUUUGGAAAUAAGUGUCCUUAUCGAUUAGCGUACAAGAAACUCAUCAGAAUGAAUAUGCCUCUUUCUCCUGAUUUAAAAGUUAACUUUACUACUACAUUAUUUGCCUUGAUUAGGGAGAACCUCAGUAUUAAAAUUCGGCCAAUUGAUGAAAUGGACCAAGCAGAUAGGGAACUUAAAGAAACAAUUCGAAAAAUCUGGCCUCUUCAAGCUAAAAAGGCAAUAGAUAAGCUUUUACCACCUGAGGAUGAUCUGCAGGGCAUCAAAAUAACAGUUGGAAAGAUUUAUUGUGCUUUGCUAAUAUUAGAUAACUGGCGAACUACUCGUUUUGGGAAACUGAACACUGGACAAAGACCUGCAGAAAAGAAUCCAACGCCACCACCUGAUUCUCCGCGACCUUCGUUUCUAUGUCGUCUGAUGGGAGUUGUGCGUAACUCUAAUUCACGGAAUAGUCAUGUCAUCUGUAAUGGGGAAGAUUAUUACGAUGAAGAUAAGAGCCAAUAUUCACGUUCACCAAGAGGCUCGAUAUUGCAGUCACACCACAGCUUGGACAGAAUUCAUGAAGAAGACAAACCUUGGCAACGCUCAUUUAGUUUGCUACGUCGAGGUAGCAGUCGUUACAGGAAAAAACGUCAUGGCAACAACCAACAGGCUGUUGAAUUACUCGGAAUAAAUAAUUCUAGGAGACCAUCUGCAAUAAAUCUACAUGGAUCUCCUAACAGAAAUGAUGGUGAUCAUUUGAGACCUAACGGGUAUGGUGGUCACUACAGAAGAUCAAGAUCAAGGUCUCCAGGUCGAGGACGUUCUCCAACUCCCACAAGGUUAAGAGCACGUUCACCAACUCCCAUAGGGAGGUCUCCUUCUCCACGCAGGCAUGAUAUUGGCUUUUCAGAUGCUGUGAGUGAUGUAGUGGAUUUGGUCAAAUAUGAAACCAGUCGAAAGGGUAGAGCCAGAGCCAAAAUUCGUGGUGAUGAGUAUAUUGUGCAUCCUCAUGAUUCUCCUACAAGAGGAAAAUCUCCCGACCAGUGGCCAAAUAAGUCAGCAUGGCAAACUGGAUCUCCUAGGUGGAGCCGCAACAACAGCCCUGAAUACCACUCUUCGUGCCUUGACAGAAGAUCCCGUAGCCCAAGCCCCAAACCUACGCCCACCCACAGCGACUAUCACUACCGUAUGGGCGUCACCCAACAACAAGAGCAUCGCUCUCGCAGCCCAAGCCCAUCCUCCGCCCACAGCCUUCCACUUCAAAGGCGUCCAGGGGGACGGAGGUUGCCUCCGACCCCAAAUCAGCCUUCCAGGCUGCGAUUUGAUGUGCAUUCGAUGGAGGGAAUUAAUUUCCCGUCACAGAUCCAUUCUCCACCAGUGCCUCAGCGUCGUGGAGUGCUGAGUGUAAUGAAUUUUCCUCGUUUAAAUCCAUCGCCUACUCACUUGCCAAAGCUUCAAAUGCCACCUCUCUGGCGUGACAGAACAUCAACUUAUUUAGGAGCACAAUAUCCACCUUUAAUAAGGACGGAACGGCAGAGUGGCAGCUUGCCAGGGCGUCCCCCUGGUUUCAGAGAGAGGGAUACAUAUUUAUAUCCUGCUUUUUCACAUUACAACCAACAUCAUGGACAUGAUGAACCUCUCAGCUUUGAAGCAGCUGCUAACUUUGGUAGAGGAUCACGUCAACUUCCAUCAACCCUUCCUAAUGGUUAUAAACCUGGCCAACGAGAAAGAAUGUUGCAUCGAGAUUCAGCAAUGCUUGCAUUACGGACAGGUCAUGUGGGAGUUCGAAGAAGUGACUCAGAUGAAGAUGAUUGGUGUUAACCAUUCAUUUCAUAGCAUUUCAAAAUAUAGUAAUUUAGGUACCCUAGCCAGAAACAUCUGACAUAUUGAUAAGAAUAUCUUCUCAUCACAUGCCCUUAUUGUGGUCAUGUAAUGUAUAUAUGAUUAAAAUCUAUUUCAAAAUGUGAUUGCCAUUAUCAGGCCCUAGUCAAAUAGUUGCUUUUCUAGAGCUAAACCUAUUUAUAGUCAUAUUGUCUAGUAUCAACCCAUUUGGUCUUUCAUGCUAAAGAUGCUGUGAUAACACGGCUUCAAUAUGAAGUUUAAUUUAACUUUGGCAUUCAUUUUCUAACUGAACUAAAUCUUUUUUUUUACUUUAGUUAGAGGUAACACAUAAUUUUUUUUUUUUUUAUAUUUGCUCUGAUCUUUGAAAUGCUAGCUUCGUAAUUUAUUUGUGCUGUAAUUGUUUAAUCAUUGUUACUGUUCUUAAAACUGUUAUUAUUUUCUUGAAAGUGGGAAAAAAUUCUUAAAUAAUAUAAAAGCAAUAAUAUUAAAUAUUGAAAAUUUUAUUGAUUUUUAUAAUUCACUAAAUGAAAAUGCUUCUUGUAAUUAUAAAUAUUUGUAUUAAAUGCUAAUUAUUUUCAAUUAUAGUUAGCCAAAUGUGAAUUUAAAAGUCUAUGUUAACAUGGAAAGGUCUUUUAGCCUUCUAGCCCUGAAUUGUUCAUACGAAAAUCUGGAAGAGAUUAAAUUUAUAUAAUUCAAAACUCGGAAAUAAAUUUUUUAUCAUUGGUAAAUUUAUAUGGUUAAUUUUACAAGUAAAUGGUGCCUUAAAAGGUAUGUAAAAAUAGCAGAGAUGAAUAGCAUAUCUGUUUUUUGGCAACGUUGAAAGUUAUGACUAAUGGGUCAUUGUUCACCAUAUCUGAUUUGUCAGUGUUGCUGACCUCACAAAAAUAGCUGCAUACGGAACUUUUUCCAAUGCCAUUAUAUUUAAGGUAUUCGUCCUCUAUCUAUAAGUUUAAAUAAAAUUAAUCUAAUUAUUGAAUUUUUAUUACAUGGACGCAACGAGAAAUAUUGAUUCUUGUCAUGAGUAUUUUAAGGCCUUUAAAGUAAGCAAACAUAUAUUUCACUAUUCAAGAUUACUCGUAUAUUUACUCCUUUCAAUAGUAUUAAGUGAAAAUUUUGCAUAAAAUUCAUUUCCCUUUUCUUUCAUCAUUGAAAAAUCUGAUUUUUCUUUGUGAAUAACUGCUGUCGUAGUAGAUAAAAAAACUCUUGAAGUAUGACACUUUUCACAAGGAAUGAAAUAAAAUAUAAGAUUACAGAUAACGUAAUUAGAUAAUAACGUUACAUAUAGGAGGUUUGAGAGGGAUUAUAAAACUAAAUAGCUUUUAAGAAAUUGAUUGUACACCCAUUAGUAUGAGAAAAGUAUCUUUUGCGUUAGAAAGGUAGAAUUUGAAGUUCAAAUUCCCAUUCAUGAAAGCGGUAAAUUUCUUAAUUUUACCCAAUCAUUGAAAAUGAUUAAAAUUGUGUAAUUUUAUAAUUUUGUAUAUUAAAGAACAAGGGUUCUCAGUCGAGGGGGAUUCCUCCUGGGAAGAAUUUCAUAAAAAAACUACUUUUAUUCAAAUUAUUAUAUUUAUCAACAUUAUCUCUGAUUUUUGCAUUUAAUGUAUAAAAGCACGUUAAAAAAUAAAUGUAUGUAUAUGUAUUUUUUCGAGUUUGAGAAAAGAGAGCGGGGUAAUCGUCUGUCAAUAGUGAAAGGGGUGCAUGGUGCAAAAUAGAUGGAAAAACCAUUAUUAAAGAAUCUUUUUAUUUGUUUUCCAUCUACCCACAUACAAAAAAAAAAAAAAAAAAAAAAAAAAAAAAAAAAAGGUAUUUUUAUUAGGUUAAGGACUUACUUACAAAAUAGAUAAUUAUAACUGUAAUCACUACAGACAAUAUCAUAUGUUUUUCCUUUUUACUAAAUGAUGUAUUUCCUUUUUACUAAUGUGUCCAAAAUUUUUGUCUGCAUUAUUCGGUUCAUUUUUUUAAACUGGAGCUAUUGGUCUGUAGCUGUUUAAUCGUGGAAUUUUGUUUGAAUGAGUCAUCAAUGAUAAAUUACCUGUGUAUUUAAAUAGCUUUCCUAUAAUUUGAAAAAUGUUGUAGUUGGGAUAACAAAUUAUUACAUAAGAAAUUCAACAAUUAAACAUUUGAGAAAGAUGUUUAAUAUUUAAAUGUAAUUUGUAUGCAACAAAUGAGGUUGCAAAUUAUGCUGUAUCUUAGUUCUCUCCCUCUUAAAUACUUUACACUAGAAUCAUUUAUAAAAUAAAUAAUACCGUGCCAUCAGGAACAAUAGCAUGAAAAAAAUCAUCAUAUUUGAUCAGUAUUAAUCACUGUUUGAAGUCACUGAAAGUAUUUUGCUUAACAAUUAUACCUUACAUUAAUAAGAAAUAUUUAUCUGCUUUAAAAUACAGAUAUGUUUUAUGCUGAACACUUGUAAUGCCGAAUAAGAAAUCUGCAUUUCAUAAACGGAUAACUGGAAGUUCAGUCUAAGUAUACAGCUAAAAAUUAAGGAUUACUGUAUAAUUUCUUUUGGUCAAUAAAAUUGCAAAAAAUAAAUUAUGUAUAACCCAAGAAAUGCACAUUGUUUGAACUGAACUGAAUACUAAAAUUACGUGACAAGAAAAUGUCAUUAUCAUAUAAAGUAACAUUAUCUCACACAUAAGAUCUUCAACUUUUAAAUUUGGUCUCUUUCUUCUAUCAAGAAAACAGUUUUCAUAUACAACAGCAGUUUUUCCUAGGAAAAAAAAAAAAAAAAAAAAAAAAAAAUACAGAACUGGAGGUAGAAUUAAGUGAAUUGAAAUUACACGUAAUAUCAGGUAAAUUUUAUUUGUCUUUACAGAUCUAAGACAAUGGAGUAUUUAAGAAAUAAUUGAUUGUAUCCACAUGCUCUAUUUAAUUAUGUUAUAUAGCACUACACAUCUGAAGAAAUAAUUAUAAUUUACCAAAGUGGUUUUCUUAUUUUUGCCAUUUAUAUUUUCUCUCUUUUGUUUGCUUCUGUGAAGAGAUCAUUUGGAACCCUUAUUCUUUCCAAAGUGAUCCUUAAUAUUGCAUUGCCCAGAAAAUAUUUUUAAUACAAUUUUCAGUUCGGUAUUACAUUGAUUCCUAUGUUUUCAAAAUUUAAAUUUGCAUUCCCUCGCAAGCUCAUACAUUUUUAAGAUAAAUUCAUAUAUACUUUAAGAGGAACUAUUGUGCAUAAUGGGAGGUUAUAUACAGGGAGCGUCAGAAAAAUGUAUAUACACUUGAACUGUCGUAGAAAGUUUAUUUUCCAAACUACAAGGUUAAGUUUCUAAGAAAAGUAAGGCUAUAGUCCAGUUUGAUCAUAGGGAUGUGUAAAGCUUAACUGGAUCAAAAUGAACCAGGCCAACAGAUAGGACACAGGAAACCAAUCUAGUUUCCUGCGCGCUGUCCAGGCCUUGCACCGCUCAAAUUUUUUAUGAGGCAUAGUAAAAGGUGAGGUGCACUGUCGUCAACCGCUUUUGGAUGAGAUUCAAGCGAUGUGCGCAGAAAUCCCAUUGGACACUUUGGUGCGAAGUACGGAAUCAGUCAUGACUCUUACUCAGAAAUGUAUUGAUGCUGAAGGCCACCAUUUUGAACAACAUUACUUUAAACACCAUUUGGAAUGUUCAGUUUCAUCAGAAAGUAUACUUCUUUUUCAUAUAUGGACUAUAGUCUUACUUUUCUCAGAAAUUUAACCUUGUAGGUUGUAAAACAAAUUUUCUAUGACAUUUAAAAGUGUGUACAUUUUUGACGCACCCUGUAAUCUACUUUCCUAUAAUUCAUUUCAAAUGAAAAUAAGAAUAGGUAUCCUGCUAGUUCCACUUACAUUUAUUUUACUUCUUCCACUAUCUAUUAGAAUUUUCUUUAAAAUAUUUACCUUUUAGCUUUUUUUAUAAUCGCUUUAAUAACUUAUAACAACACAACGAGGAAAUGGAACAUUUCUGCGUGUAUGUUAUGUCUUUGAAAUGCAUAUUUUUAGUAGUACUUUUAUAUUUUGAAAAUAUUAAGGGAAAGUAAUAUUUGUGUGUGGAGCAGUAUUCAAUAUUCUUAAGAAAUUUUAAUUUUGUACGGUAAACAAUGGUCUUUAAACAUUUUCAUCGCACCUGUCUUCAAUAUUCCGAGCUCUAAAAGCAUAAUAUAUGCAGCCAGAUUGAUAUGUUGUCAAAAGAUACAAAUAUAGCCUAGCACUAUUUAUAAUUAUGUGAAAAUCGGAUAUUAUCUAACACAGAAUUCUAGAAUAAUGAAAGAGGUUCAGUUAUACAUAAAUAUAUAUAAAGCAUUAAGUUUAUUUAAUUAUAAAAUAAGAUGUUAUUAGAUUUAUACUAUUUUUUUGUUUAACACUCUAUAUAGCAUAAAAAACAACGCACCAAGAAAGAAUUAUCCGAAUGGAACAAAAAUCGGCAAGUGGGAUGUAUAUGUAUUGAAAACGAAACGCUAACAGUAUCAUAGAUUGAAUGCUUUAUUCAGGAAAUACAGCUACAAGAGCAAAAAAUAUCAGCUACGCGUUUUUCCACUUUGGGCCCUUAUGCAAGCUUUUAUCCAGCUGGGCCCUGACUCGCAAGAAUUGGCGGAUGUCCUCUUGCGAUAUUGCUUGCUAUACGCGUUCCAAAUAGCGAAUUAUUUCGGUGAAAUCUAGGGACGAUCGGAUAUGUCUACUCAUCAGGUCCCAAAUGUGCUCUGCUGGAAGGAGAUCUGAUGAUCGCGCCAGUGAGGGAAAUUUUGGAGAAGCACGAUGACGAGCAGUAGGAAAGCGUGCCGUAAGCGGCCAAGCAGUAUCCUGUUGAAAUAUAAGCCCAGGGGUCCGUGAAAGGAAGGGUAACACUACGGGGCGUAGAAUCUCGUCGACAUACCACCAUGCUAUAACGGCGUCACGGAUGACAACCAAAGGGCUGGCUGUCAAAUUAAAUGGCACCACAUAUAUAACUCCUGGCUAUUAGGUUGUCUGGCGGAUGAUAAUCAGGUGAGUAUCUCACUAUUUACGUAGACGUCUCUAGACACAUCUUCGCUGGUUAUAGGAGUACAAUUCAAAGCGGGAUUCGUUGCUGAAAACACUUCUACUCCAUUAGUGUUCUCUAUUAGCGUCUAUAUGAGUUAAACUCUAUUAGUGUGCAUGAUGAGUCCGCGAUAUCUCAGGUCGAAUGCGCUCGGUACCACUGCACACGUGCCUGAUGGUGUGCAGCGGUCAGCGACGUAACGGCCUCCGUGACCUAAGCUCUCGUCUGGUGUUCCGUCGGAUCUUUGAUGAGGGCGAAUGGGGAACUGCGAGCGCCGAUCGAAUGAUCACUCUGGGCUUCUCACUCACCUCGUGUUCUGUCAUCGCUCUCUGUCGACCGCUACCUUCUUGAUGCUCUGUAUGGCUAUAGAUCAUCCAUUCCUGCCAAUACCGCCGAAUGGUAGCAUCAUUCGGACUCAAGUGUCUAGCGAGCCUGCGAUGUAAUCACCCUACUUCAUACUAGUCCAAUUGCACGUCCCCUCUCAAAUGGUGCCAUUUGCUCAUACUGUUCAUGAAGCCGUCUGCAAGGCAUUCCAUAUGGAAAUUUUGCUUUAGCAUUUUAAUGUCCUCUUUUUUAUACACCAUUUUAAUUCUCCGAUGCAAUGAGCUGGAGCUGCAGCUAGUCAGUCCUUGGCCCCAAAAGUUGCUUUGCAUAUCCUGUCAUAAGGUAUGAAAUUGCGUCCCAUUCCAAUAUCUCCUUCCUAAUGCGUCCCUUUUUUAUAUUAUAGACUGUGUAACACGCAUAUAUAUAUAUAUAAGAAUGGCAAUUAAAUAUACAUAUUUAGAGAUUAACUAUAUGUAAAUCAAAUGUUGUGUACCUAUUUUUCUUCUCAGACAUCAAUUUUGGCUAUGAAAUUUCCGAAAUACAGACUGGUUUUGAGGUCUAUACUUCCCAGGGUAUGAAGACGAAUAUAUUUCAAUGUCAUUUUUAAAACAAAUAGUUUUUUAUCUUUAUAAUUUUGAAGUAAUUUAAAACUUUUGUAAAUUUCAUUAUUGUCUUUUUAUUAGUGUGCAUAUAAUAAGCUAUAAUUAACUUGCUAUGCUUAAAAUGUGUGUUACCUCUUAUUAAAGUUACACCUGAUGCAUUCCUUGCAUUUAAUAAGAUUGUGUUUAUCACAAUAAAGUCAUUUGCCUGCUGUACGGCCAUUUUUUAUAUUAAAGUUUUCCUUUCUGCCACCAUUGUUCACACUCAUAAUGCAGCUACCUAAAUUCAGUGUUGAAAACCAUCCAGUAAAGCAACGCAUUGCCAGGUUAUCUCAUCUAUUUCCUGAAGUUAUAUAUGCCAAAACAUAAACUUUUCUUUUAUAUAUAUAUAUAUAUUAUAUAUGCUUAUAUAUAUAUUAGCGCUGGUUUUAAACCACUCCAUAUAUUUAAAACCAUCCAUUGUAAUACACUAUCAGUAGUAUUUUAUUUGUACUACCUUUUAUCAUGAUCUUAUUUUGUUAAUUCAACUAUGCCAAAAGAAGAAAAAAAAUACUAACCUUGAUCACAAUUUUUUUUUGAAUUGUGAAAUGCAUUUAUUUUUCUAUUGUUAAUUGGAAUGAUUUUUAAUAGAAAAAAAUGUGUUCUACUGAUUUUAUUGUUCUAAUUCAUAUCUGCAUUCUUAUUUCUAGAGUAUAAUGGAUAAUAAAAUGCGAGUGGCAUGUUUAUGGUACUUAUGCAAUGUUUAUAAGAAAACUUCAAGCCCACGGUUUUGGUUAUAUUGGGCAAAAAGUGUAUCAUAUCCAGAUAUUGCUUAAAAUAUCAAUGAAAUUGAGCUAUUCUGCCGUUCUACUACGGGUUUCUGGUUUAAAAUAGCACUGUAUAGAUGACGAUUCUAUAUACAUAUAUAUGUUUCACUAUGUUCCUCUUAACAAAAUAUUGCCAUUUUCCAGUUUAUAUUGUUUCAUCUGAAUAUCUGGCAAUAAAUGCUUAUCGUAAAACUCCUUCCAUAAUAAUAAAUUUUUUUUUUUUUUUUUUUGUUUCCCAUUGCUUCUGAAUUCGAGCUUUCUCAAAAUGUUACUCUGCCAACUGCCUUAUUUAUAUUUGUUACUGCAUUUUAAUAUUUUCUAAAUAAUAUCUAAUAUAAAUGAGACGACAUUAAGAAUCAUACUUUUAAUCACAUUAGAAUGUUUUUCGAAGUUAUUUAAAAAAUGUGUUUGUUAAAGAUUCAGAAACCAUUUCUAUUGUCUGAUUUAUUAAUUUAUUAGACUGUCGUCAUUUGUCUGAUUUAUUAAUUUAUAAGACCUUGUAUUUUGAAACAUUGAUUGAGUUCCCUUAUCUUGAAAUUUAAAAAAGCUUUUUUAAUAAUUGCUGUUUGUGUGAUAAUGUUCCUGAAAGUUAUAUAUUUUAAACAAUAUUAUUGCUUCUUUUAUUUCAUUUAUAUGUAACAAUUUUUUUAUAAAUGUAUGAUUAUAUUGGGUUAAUGUACUCAAAUUAUAAAAUUAAAACGCGAAUUCAUUGAACUUAUUAUUCAGCUCUGUAAAUUUUCAUAAAACUAUGAUUUAUAUUAGAAUCCUAAAGUGUUUGACUUCAUAGUCUUCGGCUCAAAGAAAUGUGCAAAAUAAGGUUGUUUUCUCAGCUGAUUAAACUAAUUUUUUCCUUACUGAGAACUUGUCAGGGAAAAGUUAUGCUAAUCUGAGACUUCUUUGGGAAAGUAAUGACGAUCGAAGUUUUACAUAGUUAUGUACCAAUGCUUUAAAUUUUCAUUAUUUUUCCUUCAGAGAAGCUUCAAAUUGUCCUUUAUGUUUAGAGCGGAAUGAAAUGAAAAAGGGGAAGAAAAGUAUUUAUUUUAACUAUAUUAGUUCCUCUCCAAAAAAUAAUAAUGGUGUAAAUUCUGUUUAAACCUUUCAGGUCAGCUGUAUCUGAUUGUAUUUAUUUUUUUUUUAUUUUGUAUAGGAAAUUCAAAAGUGAAGAUAUUUUUUUAAUUACAUUAUGUUAUCUAUUCUAUUUAAAAGUAAAUUUUAGAUUUAGACACUGCAGGUUUGUUUUCUUUCUGUUGAGAUUAAGAAUUUUAAAUUCCCCACCAAGAACUAGGGCAGGAUCAUUACAAAUCUAAGAGGUUGCAACUUGUAUUUUUUAUAUGUGUAAAAUAAAAGAACACAGUUAUUCAAUACUCUUGCCAUUUUUGUAGUUUUUGCUGUGAUGCGGUACAUUUGCCACUUAAACCCUCCUUGCACAUGCUGCGAGAUAUAUUUUGCACUGUAUAAGCUAGAGACUGAGCGCACUCAUCUUGACUAUCUGAUUGUUAUUCUCUAACAAUAGUCUACCAUAGCGUCUAUUUGAAAUUAUAUAUGAAGCCGGACAGUAUAAAACUGAGACAAGUUGUGGAAAGUAUUAUAGUAUAGUGUAAAUAUAUUACUUAGAAUCUAUUUAAGUACAAUUCUUCAAAGUUUAAAAUUCAGUUUUUUUUAAUACAACCUUCAUUUGUGUGUGUCGCAUUUAAUUUAAAACAUCAUAAUUAUAUCUAAUGUAUUUUGAAUCUUUUGUAUAUUAGUCGUUACUACACUAUAAUUUACCAUGUAUUUUAAACAAUGAUUUUUCACAUAAGAUUCUGUAUGCUCCCAGUAUGUUUUUUUAAUUCUGCGUAUUUUAUUAAAAUGCAUUCAAAAUGUAAAUUAUUGAAAUUUAGGGCAUAUGUUGCACAAAACUUUUGAUAAACAAGAAUAUUUCAUUUAAUGAAAUCUUACAUUUUUAUUUUUUGUGAUGUGUCUAUGAUUUAUUUAGAAGUAAGAAAUACAGCUGAAAUUCUUUCAUAAUUCAUUUACCUUUAUAUACAUAUUGAUGUAAAUGUAAUAUUUUUAUCGAAUUCGUAUUUAAUGAAAUAUAUAUAUUCCCUUUUUCAUAAUCUUUAUUUAGAAUGCAAUGUUACCGAAACCAAGCAAAUUUCCUUACAAAACUUAAUAUAUUCUGCAGUGCGUAAACGUUUGUGCUGGUAUUCUAAAUAAAAGAAAAAUCAAAGAUUUUUAAUCGUUUAUUCCAAGUAAAAUGGUUAGAAAUACCAAACUUUUAUUUGGAAUAUGCGAUAUAAAUUAUGAUCUUAAAAAUCAAAAUGAUAUGCAGUAAAGGUAAUCUGACAUUUGUUACAGAUUAUCGUUGUUUUCCAUUAUGUAUUAAAUAUAUUAGGGGAAAAUUAUAUCUCGAUCGUUAUUUUUAAUAUGUUAUUGAAAAUUAGCCAAUUAUUGUCAUAUUACAUGUUUAAAGUAAUUUCAGAGCUGACUUCACAUUUAAUUAAUGCAAAAUCGCUUAAAAGUAAUUCAUGUUAGUACUUAAAACUCUUGUCUCACUGCAAAGUUACAAAACAUUAAAAAGAUAAUUUAUUAUAACCGUAAUAAUAAUUUAUCGCGAAAUUAAGAUAUGCCAUAAUUGAAACUCCUAUUCAGAAUAUAUAUGAUCCUUAAAAGGAUUACACUGUUAAAUAUUUCUUAACCGGUUUGUCGUAGACUCAUCGUUCCAUUUAAGAAAUGAAUCAAAGAAGGCAGACAUUUUAGGCAUGUGCCAGCUCAAGUUAAAUGUGUAUGAAAUUAAGUUUACAUUUUCUUACUGGUCGCAUGUAGGAAAAAGUGUCAUGACAGAAUGUUAUACGAUCAAAAUUAUCCGAGACGCGAUUAAUCAAAGUUUAAAGAUGCCGUAUUCAGGUAUUGCUAAAAUCGAUGUUUCCACUAUGGUUGAAAAUGGUUUAAAUUAAAAAAUCGGAUAUUAUACAAAAUUAUGUUUAACUAAUAGGAACAUUUAAGUCUGUAAUUUUUUUAUUAUCUCACGUAGCUAAAAUGUAUUAGUCUAAAAGCCCUUUUUAUUUAAUUUAUAUUUUUCUGUUUUAACCAUUGUCCAUUACAGUCAUUCAAGAGAUGUUUAGUCCUGUAACAUUUUGGCUUCACUUUGCCCAAAGCAGAAAUCUCUUCCUGUAUUUUUUUCCUACUUAACAAAUAGUAUCUGCACCACAUUUUAUUUAACCUUUGAGAAAUAAUUUUAAAAUACAUUUCAUCAUUGUUAUACUACUACACAAGUUCUUUAUUCGAUCUAGCUCUUUUAGACGAUUUUGUGAAUUCAGUGUGUGGUCAGCUACAUGGAAUUUUUUGAUGAAAUGUGUAUUACUCAUUAUUUCUUUAAAUUUUUGUUGACAUCAGUAUUCAAUUUUGGUUUCCGUUCAUAUAAUAUAUUCUUACGCACCUUUUGCAACCAUUGUUUUAUGCUAUCAAUACUAGCCAAAACACACUUGUGUCUAUGUGGGCAAAAUGUGUUCACUUUUAGCCUCCUCAGGAAUUAGGAGAAUGUAUGAAACUUAUACACAUAAUGUAUAUAACUCUCAUUUUUCUGAAUAUAUCCCUUUAAACUAGAGUAAUCUUCCUAAAGAAUGUUAUUAUGAAUCAGGCUAUUCAUCAAUUGCUAAGCUAUUAAUAAGCAGAUACGUUCUUAAGAUGACCAGAUUUCUCAUGGUAAACUUCUUGCGUCUUUUUUUUUUUUUUAAAUGUAUUGUAAAUAACAGUUUAUCAUCUUCCCAAAAAAUGUACUUUUUCACUUAAUUCUGGUGAAUUGAGUAAAAAUAACAGAAAAAAAAGAGAAAAAAAAUUGUAAAACUUUGUAAGAUAUUGCAUAGAUUAACACAGUAUUUAAAAACAAUAGCUUGCUUAAUAACUGAUAAUUGUUUUCUUCUUUCAAAACUGCACAAUUAUUGAUCCAAAGUUGUAUGCUGGUUUUUAAGAGCAACCGAAUUGCAUCAUCUGGUCACCCUAGUUGUUCUUAAAACAAAAAAAAAAAAAAAAAAAAAAAAAAAAAAA